AUGCAUCUAUCACUGGAUACCAUGAGCAUGGUGGACGACAGCUGCCUCUCACCCAGCAACUUCCACGAAAUGGGGAAAGGUGGGGGCAUCGUUGGCGGGGGCCGCGUCCACAGCAUAGAUGUCAUUCUAGGUUUCAGUAAAGACCAGGACCCCCUGCUCAGCCCUGCAGGGGCCCCACAGCCCCAUAAAGUGGACAUAGAAGGUCUGGCAGAACCUGGGAAGCAGCAGGAGCCCUCGUCACACCCGACAUACAGUGGGCACCUUUCCUCUCUGAGGAACAGCAGCACCGAGCAGCAGCAGCAGUACCAUGAUACUGGCUUAUACACAAACAAGUGUGAUGAGGAACUGGACGAACUGAGGAAGAGCAUAGAGAGUGAUGAAGGCAAUUCUCCAGAGCCUUGCAAGGAUGAUCAGCCCAAGAAGAAGCACAGGCGCAACCGCACCACCUUCACCACCUAUCAGCUGCAUGAGCUGGAGCGUGCCUUCGAGAAGUCCCACUACCCAGACGUGUACAGCCGUGAGGAGCUCGCCAUGAAGGUGAACCUCCCCGAGGUCCGAGUUCAGGUCUGGUUCCAGAACCGCAGAGCCAAAUGGCGUCGGCAGGAAAAACUGGAUGCCAGCACCAUGAAGCUUCACGACUCACCCAUGCUGUCCUUCAACCGCCCAGCACCGGUUCACACCAGCAUGGGUCCAAUGACCAACUCCCUCCCCUUGGACCCCUGGCUGUCCUCUCCCCUGUCCAGCGCUACACCUGUCCACAGUAUCCCAGGCUUCAUGGGUCCAGCUCAAGGCCUCCAGCCCAGCUACCCCAGCCAUGGCUUCCUCAACUCCACUCCUCACUCUCAUCCUCAUCCUCACGCUCAUCCUCACUCUCAUCCAUCUAUGGGCCAGGGGAUGCAGAGUAUGGCUCCUCCUCCCUACCAGUGUUCGGCGCCAUACCCUGAUAAAUACCCUCUGGAGGAUGUGGAGCAUCGCAGCUCUAGUAUCGCUGCACUGAGAAUGAAAGCCAAGGAACACAUCCAGUCUAUGGACAAGACUUGGCAACCCAUGUGA